AUGGCUUCUACUUCCUCUUCUUCCAGUUCUGUUUUAACCCCUAUCGUGACUCAAGAAGAGUUCAAGAUUUUUCACAAUAUAGAUCGCGUUCUUUACUCUAGGCUUGUCUUCAAUCUUAACCGUGAUCUUGCAGAGUCCAUGCAAGUCAUGGCCUUAUGGCUAUGGCUAGAAAGAUCAAGACAUGUUGGUAAUUUGGUGAACAAGAUGUUGUCUUUUCCUGAUACCCUUAUAAAUGGCUUGGCCGAUGAGGCUCUUCUUUGCUUGAAUUGCAUUGAGAAUGAUCAGUUCCAUCUCUCUUUCCGUACUAGCGAUAUUCCUUUAAUCCAUUUCCUCGGUAAUACUGGUCUUUCUCUUCAGUUUUUCCAUGAAAAUAGACAUUUCAUUCGUCCUGCAGUUUCGAAGAUCGUCACCGAAGUUUGCUUAAGAGCUUUUGAUGAUAUUUCACAGCAGGCAGAGAAGUUGAAGUCGAAAGGAGUUGAUAAGAACAAAGGUGUUGGAAAAAUCCGAGGACAAGAAAUGAUAAAGAACCAACCUGUGAUGAGUCCUGUUAUGCCUGUGUUGUAUAAUUCUGAGGUUGUCGGGGCUUAUGGUCCCAUGGGUAAUGGAGGAGGAUCAUAUUCAUGUAUUCUGCAUGGUUAUGAUCCUUGUGAUCUUGCCAUUCAGACAAAGAUUCUGAACAAUGAAAUUGUAGACGUACUGAGCCAUAUCAGUAUGAGUGAUGAAGUGAAAGAUAAUGUUGUUCCUGCAGAUGAUAGGACAAUUUUCUUGACAUUCUCAAAAGGGUACCCUAUUUCUGAAGAUGAAGUACGAGAUUUCUUCACUAGAAAAUUUGGCGACUGUAUUGAAGCAAUUUAUAUGCAAGAAGUGAUGGGAGAUCAGGGCCAAUCACUGUAUGCUCGGCUUGUUGUGAAGUCUCCUAUCAUUAUUAAUGUGAUUCUUGAAGAUAAGUGCAAGGCAAAGUUCUCCAUUAAUGGAAAGCAUGUGUGGGCUAGAAAAUAUAUUCGAAAAAGCUCUAGGUUGUCGUCAUCCCCGUCACCAUCGCAGCCCACUUCUCCUACAGCACCAUUACAACAAGCUUGA